AUGAAGAUAUUCAUUACUGGCCGGCCCCAUGUUCAGGAAACUGUCCAGCAAUACUUCAAAGAGGCGCAGAGUAUUUUUACUGAAGCCCGGGAAAGCGAUAUUCAACUAUUUAUUGAACAUGCAAUUGGUGGACCUGAUGAUAUUGAACCUGAUGCAAUGGAUCACAAGCUCAGAAAAGACAUUCUAAGGAAAGUUGUUGGCUCAGCUAAGGGAAUAUUUCUACUACCUACUUUGCAACUCCGCUCUAUCCUACAAGCUACAACCAUACGGGAUCGCGAGGAAGCUUUGAAAACAUUGCCAUCAGACCUUGGUGAGGCAUUUGCUGGAACAAUGACUAGAAUUCAGCAGCAGCCCAAGGCAUUGUCUGAAAAGGCAGGAAAGAUUAUUGCAUGGGUCUAUUUAGCUGAACGGCUACUCACCGUUGAUGAGCUAUUACUUUCACUUGCAAUCAGAGAUGGCGAUACUUUCCUUGAUCAGAGGGGAAUACCCAUUAAAAGGACACUGCUAGACUGCUGCUAUGGUUUGACAGUGAUCGACCAAGAGACAUCCACCAUCCGUUUAGUCCAUUACUCGCUUCAGGAAUACCUUGAUCGGCAACACCAGAUAUUUGGCCUCACUAAAGGGCAAUGGCACAGCAGUAUUGCACGUACAUGCCUUACCUUUCUCAAGUUUCCAUUCACAACAAUUCAAGAUGCGCCGGAACAAAGCAGCAGUGCAAUCACGUAUUUGUCCUAUGCUGCUACAAAAUGGGGCCACCACCUUCGAAAAAGCGGACAACCUGGCGUGUCAGAUGUGUCUAUGGAGCUCGCUAUAGAGUACCUCUACAGCAGCUUUGAGAAGAGUUGCGAAAGCUUUGACUUACUGUAUGAAGUCAUGUACGAAGAUCACUACAAUGGAGUGCUACCGGAUGAGGUUUUCCCUGCACAUAUAGUAGCUUUCUUUGGUAUUCCAGAACUCAUGUCUUACUUGUUUGAGACUGGGAAGGUGGAUGUGAACUCUGAGGAACUUUGGAAUCGGACUCCACUGUCAUUGGCUGCAGAGUGUGGGCAUGAGGAUGUGGUGAAGCUGCUGCUUAACACUGGCCAGGUAGAUGUGGACUCUAAGGGCUUGAACUAUCGAACUCCACUGUCACGGGCAGCAGAGUGUGGGCAUGAGGAUGUGGUGAAGCUGCUGCUUAACACUGGCCAGGUAGAUGUGGACUCUAAGGNCUAUCGAACUCCACUGUCACGGGCAGCAGAGUGUGGGCAUGAGGAUGUGGUGAAGCUGCUGCUUAACACUGGCCAGGUAGAUGUGGACUCUAAGGACUUGGAAGAUCGAACUCCACUGUCAUUGGCAGCAGAGUGUGGGCAUGAGGCUGUGGUGAAGCUGCUGCUUAACACUGGCCAGGUUGAUGUGGACUCCAAGGACUUAGAAGAUCGAACUCCACUGUCACGCGCAGCACAGUGUGGACAUGAGGCGGUGGUGAGGCUGCUGCUUGAGACUGAGAUGGUGGAUGUGGACUCUAAGGAUAAUCAGGGUCAGACUCCGCUAUCAUUGGCCGCAAUGUAUGGGAAUGAGGCGGUGGUGAAGCUGCUGCUUGAGACUGGGAAGGUGGAUGUGAACUCUAAGGACUCUGAUCACUGGACUCCAUUGUCAUUGGCAUCAAUGUUUGGGAGAAAGGCGGUGGUGAAGCUGCUGCUUGAGACUGGGAAGGUGGAAAGGGCACACAGCGUCAGACUUCGCUGUCAUUGCCAGCAAGGAAUGGACAUGAGGCGGUAG